UUUCCCGGCCUUUAGUCCCCUAUUCGGGGCGUGGAGCCGGCGCGAGGUGACUGGAGCCGACGGGAGGGGUUGGAGGGCGUGGCGUCCGCUCGGACCCCAGCCGCAGUUCUGAGGGGAGGAGACCCGGCGACGGCCACGACAGCCGCGCCUGGCCCGCGACUCCAAUGGCGGCCGCCACCUCGAGGGACGCGGCUCAGCUGGUGUGUGGGACCUUCCAAGAUGUGGUCAUUUAUUUCUCCCCUGAGGAAUGGAAGUUCCUUAAUGUGGCCCAGAGGCACCUGUACCUCAGUGUGAUGUUGGAGACCUUUGCACUUAGAACCUCUGUAGGUUGUGGACACAGAGUAGGCGGUAAGGAGGUGUGUGGGCACAGUGGUUCUGUGGCAGGGGUGGCAUUCUCGAGGACUCCAGCUACAGAUGCUUCCAGCCUGAGGGCUCGUCCCUGUGGUGUCUGUGCUUCAGUCUUGAAAGACAUCUUGUGCCUGGCUGGUCUGAGUGUGCAGAAGUGGUCCCAGGGAGGGGCGUGUGCAAGCUUGUCCACAUACCAGAGGCUUCUUGGUGCGGAGAAACCUUUUAAGGAGGACACUGAUGGGACUGCACUGUCAAAAAGCUGUGAGUCUUUUGUGUCAGAGAAAUACUUAACUACUUGUAGCAGCUUUUGGGAGAGUUUCCCAUCUUUUUCUGAACUUCAGCCCCUCCUCACCAUUCUUAACAGUGAGGAGACCAGCAGCUGUGACUCUGUGGAAGCACCAAAUUAUGCAGAAAAUUACUACAAAUUGUUUGUGUGCAGCAAAGCUCCCAUCCACAAAAAGAUGUCUAUUUAUAACCCAAGACCCUGCACAGAAAACAAUCUCUCUGAGCCUACCAAGAGUGAGCCAUUGUGCCGCAAGGACCACUCACAUGCACAGCCCCACAGAAGCCACAUUAGAGGAAAACAGUAUGAGUGUAAGGAAUGUGGCAAGUCCUUUAAGGAAAGGAGAUCCCUUACUGCACACCAGAGAAACCACACUGGAGAAAGGCCUUAUGGGUGUAGCCAAUGUGGGAAAUCCUUUAAGCGUAAAAGCACCCUUACUGUGCACUUGAGGGACCACACUGGAGAAAGGCCUUAUGUGUGUAGAGAGUGUGGGAAAUCAUUCAAGAGAAAAACCACACUUACUGUACACCACAGAAGCCACACUGGAGAAAGGCCUUAUGAGUGUAGGGAAUGUGGGAAAUCAUUUAAGGAAAAAGGUGUCCUUACUGUACAUCAGAGAGUACACACUGGAGAAAGGCCUUAUGUGUGUAAUGUUUGUGGAAAAUCCUUUAAGAAAAAAAGUGUCCAUACUGUGCACCUGAGAAACCAUACUGGAGAAAGGCCUUAUAAGUGUAAAGAUUGUGGAAGAUGCUUUAAGCAAAAAACUGGCCUUAACACACACCUGAGACGCUACAGUGGAGAAAAGCAUUGCGUGUGCACAGGUCAGAAGUCAGUUAUGGAAAAACGUCACCUUACUUUUCCUAAGAGAGUACACUCUACAGAAAGUUCUUAUGAGUGUAGAGAAUGUGGGAAGUCAUUUAAGGAAAAAAGUCACCUUACUUUUCCUAAGAGAGAAAGGCCUUAUGAGUGUAGAGAAUGUGGGGAAAUCUUUGAUCAGUUCAGUGACCUUAAUGUGCACCUAAGUAGCCAUAAUGGAGAAAGGCCUUAUGUAUGUAGAGAAUGUGGGACAUCAUUUAAGCAUAGAAGUUCCUUUAGUAUACACAAGAGAGAUCACACUGGAGAAAGACCUUAUGAGUGUAAAGAUUGUGGAAAGUCAUUUAAGCACAGAGAUGCUUUUCAUUCACAUGAGAGAGUACACACUGAAGAAAGGCCUUAUGAGUGUAGAGAAUGUGGGAAAUGCUUUAAGCGAAACAUUUCUCUUACUGUACACCAGAGAAUUCACAGUGGAGAAAGGCCUCACAUGUGCACAGUAUGUGGAAAAGCCUUUAAGGAAAAAAAUUACCUUACUAUACAUUUGAAAGGUCAUACUGGAGAAAGACCUUUUGAGUGUAAAGACUGUGGAAAGUCAUUUAAGCACAGAAGCAGCUUUAGUUCCCACAAGAGAGUACACACUGAAGAAAGGCCUUAUGAGUGUAGAGAAUGUGGGAAAUGCUUUAAACAAAACAGUUCUCUUACUGCACACCAGAGAGAUCAUACUGGAGAAAGGCCUCAUACAUGCACAGUAUGUGGAAAAGCCUUUAAGGAAAAAAGUUGCCUUACUACACAUUUGAGAGGUCACACUGGAGAAAGACCUUUUGAGUGUAAGGAUUGUGGAAAAUCAUUUAAGCACAGAAGCAGCUUUAGUUCACACAAGAGAGUACACACUGGAGAAAAGCCUUAUGAGUGUAGAGAAUGUGGAAAAUGCUUUACUCAAAGCAGUUCUCUUACUGUACACCAGAGAAUCCAUUCAAGAAAGGCCUUAUAAAUGUACAGUUGGUAUGUA